ACUGUUGAUUUCCAUUAACAGGGAGAAGCCCCUGUUGGGUUCGCUCCAUUGACGAAGCUCUGUAGGGAACAGUAUAACGGGCGAUUUCCAACAACAACGUAACUAUAAGGCUGUGUUGGUUCCAUUGCUGAAGUGAAGCCCUUCUCUCGAACUAGAUAUGAGUAUGGCCCCAGCAGAAGUUAAAAGGGAAGGUGAUGAUUAUGACAUUCCAAAUGAAGCAGAUGACAUUCGUUUGAUGAAUGAAAGUCGGGCAGAACCUGAUCAUGGUUGCGAAGCUGGUCCGAGCAAUGAAGAAGCAACCAACAUGAACGUUGAAGAUGGCGGAGCCGAUGUGAAAAAAGAAAUGGUUGACGAUGCUCAUCACAAUGACAUGGUUGGUGAUCUUGAACGUGCUAUUCUGGAACAGAAAUUUGAUUCGGUCAAAGAUGGAGAAGAUUUCUACAAUGCGUAUGCUAAAGCCAAGGGAUUUAGUAUACGAAAAUCCAGAUUUAACACAAAUAAAGAGGGAAAGGUCGUUAGUAGGCUGUGGUUGUGUUCAAGGGAAGGUCAGAGAUUACCAAAAUACUUGGACCGUGUUGCUGAGAAGAAUAGAGCUCCCAAGGCACUAAUAAGAGUAGGUUGCAAAGCCCAAUUUCGCAUACGGUACGAUGCGGAUGCUGGUGAAGGGGGAAAGUAUGUUGUGACUCACUUCGUCGCAGACCACAACCAUGAAUUGGCAGAACAACACUGUGUGGUGUAUCUGAGGUCACAUCACAGUUUAAACAGCACUGACAAAGCUCAAGCAAUGGCUAUGCGCAAUGUCGGUGUGAAGACUAGCCAAAUCAUGGACUAUAUGGUAAAUCAGUCCUGGUCUUAUGAGAAUGUUGGUUUCAUCCGUACGGAUCUGCACAACCAUAUUCAAGCCGAACGUAGAGCAGAAGUUGAGGAUGGUGAUGCGCAGGGUGUGUUGGUUUACCUAUGCGCAAAACUUGAUGUUGAUGCACGUCUUUUUUACAAGUAUGAUGUGUGUAACGAUAACAAGUUACAAAAUCUGUUCUGGGCAGAUUCGAAAUCGCGGGCCGAUUACGCAAAGUUUGCUAAUGAGACAAUUGAGACAUACACAUGGGUUUUGGAAACAUUUAUGGAGGCGAUGGGCAAUAAAGCACCUGUGUCCGUACUGACAGAUGGGGAUAAGUCGAUGCGAGAGGCAAUCAGAAGAGUAUUUCCAGACGCAAGACAUCGAUUAUGUAAUUGGCAUCUUGGGAAAAAUGCUGUUUCAAAUGUUCACAUAAGUGGCUUUGCACAUGCUUUCAAGCAGUGCAUGGACAUGGAAACGGAUGAGACAAAGUUUGAGCAUGGCUGGACGACAAUGGUCGAAGAAUUUGGACUUCAAACCAACAGUUGA